GGCUGGGACUGAUACCAGUACUAGCACGUUAGAGUGGGCAAUGGCAGAGCUACUCCGCAAUCCAAAUGUAUUACUGAAAGCGAGAAGAGAAUUGGCGGAGACAAUCGGCAAAGGAAAGCAGGUUGAGGAAUCUGACAUUUCUCGAUUGCCGUACUUGCAAGCCAUCAUCAAAGAAACCACUCGGCUGCACCCAGCAGUUCCCCUGUUGCUCCCACGCAGAGCUGGGGCUGACACAGAAGUCUGUGGCUUUACGGUGCCAGAGGGUGCACAGGUGCUGGUGAAUGCCUGGGCUAUAGGCAGGGAUCCUAGUAUUUGGGAGAUGCCGAACUGCUUUAUGCCGGAGAGGUUCUUGGAGUCGGAAAUAGAUGUCAAAGGCAGGGACUUUGAACUUAUUCCGUUUGGUGGAGGGCGGCGGAUAUGCCCAGGAUUGCCUCUGGCGAUGAGAAUGUUGCAUUUGAUGUUGGGUUCUCUCAUAAACUGCUUUGAUUGGAAGCUUGAAGAUGGUGUCACGCCUGAGAACAUGGACAUGGACGAAAAGUUUGGGAUCACAUUACAGAAAGCAGAACCCCUGCGGGCUAUACCCUUUCUUCUGUCAUAAUAAGAGAAAUUAAAAAAUAAAUAAAUUGAUUAAUAAAUCAUAGUAAUAUUUCUUCCAAGAAAUAAAAUGCUGUUCAGAACCCUCCAUGCUGGGUUGUGUACAAUUUAUGCCUACCAUGUAUUAAUUAAAAGUCAAAGCUUUCUUAUUGUUGGAGUUCUCAUUCUGUUUAUGUUGAUUUCCUUAUUAGGAGGAUUUAAUUGCUUUGAGAUGAGAUUAGGGGACGGGAUGGAGCGGAGUUAAUAUCC